AUGUCUUUGACGGUAUGGAACAUAGAAUCCAUUAAAGAUGUCGCUGAAAUGCUUGGUAUAAGCAAUUUAGGUGAUGAGGCAGCUUCCGCAAUUGCAAUGGAUCUUGAAUAUCGAAUUCACCAAGUCAUACAGGAAGCAAUGAAAUUUAUGGUUCAUUCAAAGCGAACGGUCCUUUCAAAUGCCGAUAUCUCAUCAGCUUUGAGAACUCUAAAUGUUGAACCUCUUUACGGGUUUAAUACAUCUAGGCCCGUUGAAUUUCAUGAAGCCGCCGUAGGUGCUGGGCAGAAUUCUCUCUACUAUCUUGAUGAUGAAGAAAUUGAUUUUGAAAAGAUAAUCAAUUUUCCCUUACCAAAAGUCCCCAGAAAUAUUUCGUAUACCGCACAUUGGUUAGCCAUUGAGGGUGUUCAACCUGCUAUUCCACAAAACCCAACACCCUCCGAUCAUACUACUGGGGAAUGGGCUCCUAAGGGCCCAGCCGCAAUCACACCCGGUGCUACUGCAGCUACCAAAGAGGCGUCUAAUGGUAUUUCAUCCAUGGAGAAUGUUGAGGUGAAACCAUUAGUACGCCACGUGCUUUCAAAGGAGCUUCAGUUAUAUUUUGAGCGUAUAACUGCUGCUUUGCUUGAUGUAUCAAAUCCAGAACUUCGACAUGCUGCAUUAUCGAGUCUUCGAGAUGAUCCGGGCUUACAUCAAUUGUUGCCCUAUUUUAUUAUGUUUCUUUCGGAUUCCAUAUCUCAUAAUUUAAGUAAUCUAGUUAUCCUUACAACACUCAUGCAAAUGGCUUGGGCGCUCCUUGACAAUCCCAAUUUAUUCGUUGAGCCUUAUGUUCAACAGCUAAUGCCCUCUAUUUUAACUUGCUUGGUUGCCAAACGUCUUGGAAAUGAUCCUCAUAACCACGACCAUUAUGCUUUACGAGACUUAGCUGCAUACCUUUUAGGAAUCGUUUGUAAUAGAUUUGGCAACGUAUACUAUACAUUGAAACCGAGAGUUACUAGGACAGUUUUGAAAGCAUUCUUAGACAAUACGAAGCCUUAUACAACUCACUACGGAGCUAUUAAUGGUCUUAAAACAAUGGGAAAAGAAGCCAUUAGGGUGCUUCUUGUUCCUAAUAUUAAAGUCUAUGAAAUUUUGGUGAGAAAGAGUUUAGAAAAAGGUAAUGAUGAUGACAAGUAUGAAGCGAACCGUUGUAUGGAUGCUUUAUAUGAUUCAUUAUUACUUCUAAGAGAUGAUCAACUCUCUACAAAUAGAACUGUCCCUCCGAAUGCUCGGGGUCUUUUGGAAAAAAUUGUUGGUAAUUUGAUGACUGAAAAGAUUAUGGAAAAAGAAGAUAAGGACCUCAUUUUAGCUUUAGUUGACGAAAACAACCCUGCUUAG